AGCAGUGAAAGUGAAAGUGUGUAGACUCCAUCUAGUGUUGCAGCAGGAGAACGUCUCCGCCGCUGACUGAGCUCAGACCAGACCAGGGCGGAUGGUGUGAUGGAGGAAGAGGACGGAGCAGAGUCCGGCUGUCGGUCUAUGAAGAGUGACUGGUCCAGAGACUACCCCCCAAACCUCAGCCCUGAACCUGGACCCUCAGACACAAGUGGAUUGGAUUGGAUGGAGGAAGAGGACGGAGCAGAGUCCGGCUGUCGGUCCAUGAAGAGUGACUGGUCCAGAGACUACCCCCCAAACCUCAGCCCUGAACCUGGACCCUCAGACACAAGAAAGAAGAAGAGGAAAGAUGUUUCUGAGGAGGGGCAACCGCCCAGAACCAGAACCAGAACCAGAACCAGAGCUGGACCGGAGGCAGCCAUCCAGAGCAGCUCUGGACAACGAAUUAGUGGACAACAUGGACAUAAGAUCAGUGUGAAGAGGACAUGUGAACGUGUGACUGAAGGAAGUGAUCAAACAGGAAGUGGAACCCUCCUCUGCAGGAUCUACACAGUCCUCUGCAUCACAGAGGAACUGAGUGAAGAUGUUAAUACCCAACAUGAGGUGAGGCAGCUGGAGACAGCUUCCAAGAAGAAGAUCCUCCACGACUCUCCGAUCCAGUGCAGCGACAUCUUUAAAGCCUCACCUGGCCAACAGAAACCCAUCAGAGUGGUUCUGAUGAUCGGCGUCGCUGGCGUUGGAAAAACCUUCUCAGUGCAGAAGUUCUGUCUGGACUGGGCCGAGGGGUUGGAGAACCAAGAUGUCGAUCUGGUGAUUCCUCUUUCCUUCAGGGAGCUGAACCUGAUCAGAGAUGAGCAGUACAGUCUUCUGGAGCUGGUCCGUGUUUUCCAUCCAACAUUACAGGAGGUCCCAGCAGACCAGCUCGCUGCCUCCAGACUUCUCUUCAUCUUUGACGGCCUGGAUGAAAGCAGACUUUCACUGGAUUUCAACAACGAUGAGGCUGUUCCUGAUGUCACACACAAGUCCUCAGUCAACCUGCUGUUGACAAACCUCAUCCAGGGGAAGCUGCUUCCCUCGGCUCUCGUCUGGAUCACGUCCCGACCUGCAGCAGCCAAUCAGAUCCCUCCUGCGUGUGUUGACAGGGUAACAGAAGUACGAGGCUUUACUGACCCCCAGAAGGAGGAGUACUUCAGGAAGAGAGUCAGUGAUGAAGAGCUGUCCAGGAGAAUCAUCUCCCACAUCAAGACCUCCAGGAGCCUCCACAUCAUGUGUCUGAUCCCAGUCUUCUGCUGGAUCACUGCUACAGUCCUGGACCACAUGUUGACUACAGACCAGAGAGGAGAGCUGCCCAAGACCCUGACUGACAUGUACUCCCACUUCCUGCUGGUUCAGACAAAGAGGAAGAAGCUCAAGUACGCUGAGGGACAUGAGACGAGUCCACAGGAGCUGAUGGAGGCCGACGGGGAAGUUCUUCUGAAGCUGGGGAGGCUGGCGUUUGAACAGCUGGAGAAAGGAAACAUCAUGUUCUACCAAGAAGACCUGGAGCGCUGUGGUCUGGAUGUCACAGAGGCCUCGCUGUACUCAGGAGUCUGUUCACAGAUCUUCAAAAGAGAGAGUGUUGUCUUCCAGAAAUCAGUCUACUGCUUUGUUCAUCUGAGCGUUCAGGAGUUUCUGGCUGCAGUCUAUCUUUUCCACUGUUACACCAACAGGAACACACAGGUACUCAAGGACUUCCUGGGACCAGACUGGGACUGGCGCUAUAAAAACAUUGACCCAUCCCUGAAGGAGUUUCAGGAAAAAGGCUACAUUGAUUCAUCCCUGGAUGUCUUCCUUAAGAGAGCUGUGCAGAAAUCCCUUGAGAGUGAAAAUGGCCACCUGGACCUGUUUGUCCGCUUCCUUCAUGGCCUCUCUCUGGAGUCAAACCAGAGACUCUUAGGAGGUCUGCUGGGUCAGACAGACAACAGUCCAGAAAUCAUCCAGAGAGCCAUCAACAACCUGAAGGAGAUGAACAGUUAUGAGAUCUCUCCUGACAGAAGCAUCAACAUCUUCCACUGUCUGAUGGAGAUGAAGGACCACUCAGUCCAUCAGGAGAUCCAAGAGUUCCUGAAGUCUGAGAACAGAUCAGGGAAGGAACUCUCUGAGAUCCACUGCUCAGCUCUGGCCUACAUGCUGCAGAUGUCAGAGGAGGUUCUGGAUGAGUUGGACCUGCAGAAGUACAAAACAUCAGACCAGGGACGACUGAGACUGGUUCCAGCUGUGAGGAACUGCAGAAAGGCUCGACUAUCUAACUCGGGACUCUCAGAGGCUCACUGUGGAGUCGUGGCCUCAGCUCUGAAGUCCAACCCCUCCCAUCUGAGAGAGCUGGACCUGAGUCACAACAAGCUGCAGGAUUCAGGAGUGAAGCAUCUGUCUGCUGGACUGCAGAGUCCACAAUGUAGACUGGAGACUUUAAGGUUGAGGGACUGCAGUUUGUCGGGGACCAGCUGUGCUUCUCUGACCUCAGCUCUGAAGUCCAACCCCUCCCACCUGAGACUGCUGAACCUGAGUCACAACGAGCUGCAGGACUCAGACGUGAAACAGCUGUGUGGUUUUCUGGAGAGUCCAGACUGUAGACUGGAGACUCUGAGAUUGAGGCGCUGCAGUUUGUCAGAGACCAGCUGUGCUUCUCUGGCCUCAGCUCUGAAGUCCAACCCCUCCCAUCUGAGAGAGCUGGACCUGAGAAACAACCAGCUGCAGGACUCAGGAGUAAAGCUGCUGUGUGGUUUUCUGGAGAGUCCAGACUGUAGACUGGAGACUCUGAGAUUGUAUGACUGCAGUUUGUCAGAGACCAGCUGUGCGUCCCUGACCUCAGCUCUGAAGUCCAACCCCUCCCAUCUGAGAGUUCUGGAGCUGAGUAACAACCAGCUGCAGGAUUCAGACGUGAAGCAGCUGUGUGGUUUUCUGGAGAGUCCAGACUGUGGACUGGAGACUCUCAGAUUGUGGGACUGCAGUUUGUCAGAGACCAGCUGUGCUUCUCUGGUCUCAGCUCUGAAGUCCAACCCCUCCCAUCUGAUGGAGCUGGACCUGAGUUACAACGAGCUGCAGGACUCAGGUUUAAAUCUGCUGUGUGGUUUUCUGGAGGAUCCAAACUGUAGAUUGGAGACUCUGAGAUUGAGUGUCUGCAGGUUGUCAGAGACCAGCUGUGGUUCUCUGGCCUCAGCUCUAAAGUCCAACCCCUCCCAUCUGAGGGAGCUGCAGCUGAGUAAAAACAAGCUGCAGGACUCAGGAGUGGAGCAGCUGUGUGGUUUUCUGGAGAGUCCAGACUGUAGACUGAAGACUCUGAGAUUGAUUGGCUGCAGUUUGACGGAGACCAGCUGUGCUGCUCUGGCCUCAGCGCUGAAGUCCAACCCCUCCCACCUGAGAGAGCUGGACCUGAGUGACAACAGCCUGAAGGAUUCAGACGGGAAGCUGCUGUGUGAUCUGAAGGAGAGUCCAGACUGCAGACUGGAGACUGUGAGGUGGGAGUGAUCUCUGUCGGAGGGAGGGAUCAGAAAGCCCCGAGUCUACAGAAGGAAGAGGGGGAGGGUUUUUAAGGUCACUGCCAACGUAAACAUCAGUCUCCCAUGUGUCCAAGGCCGUUAAGCCAAUCAAUGCUGAAUCAUGCACCAGCCCUGAAUUUGGCCUUGGUGACACUUUGACAUGUUUCUGACUGUUAGUUGUUAACUGGGGGGGCGGCUGUGGCUCAGGGGUAGAGCGGGUGCCUGCCAAUCGGAAGGUUGGUGGUUCAAUCCCUGGCCCUGCAGUCCCAUUUCGAAGUGUCCUUGGGCAGGAGACUGAACCCCGAGUUGCCCCCGAUGCUGCGCAUCGGAGUGUGAAUGUGUGUGUGAGUGAGUGUGUUUCUAAUGAGCAGCCUCGGCCACAGUGUAUGAAUGUGUGUGAUGGUGAAUAGAUCCUGUAUGAUGUAAAAGCGCUUUAUAUAUAAAUACAUUUACAUUUAGUGUCAUUAACCAGCUUGCUGUCCUCCUGUUAUCCUGGUCUCUGCUGCAGUCUGCUGGUGGUAACGGGUCUGUGUGGCGUGGCAUAGAAACGGGUUACAUUCCUCGUGCAGCUUAUCACAGUUUUUCCUGUUGCCGCGUGUUCCGCGUUGCCACUUCACGGUGUUGCACUCUUAAGUUUGAUAUACGACAAGAAACGGCAUCUUCGAUUCAUAUUUCAAUCAUUUUACAGCCAUAAGAGCUAGAAACUUACCGUCUUUUCCAGCUAAAAGCUAACCGUCAAGGGGGGGGG